CCAAAUCUAUCUACCACUACGCCGGAAUCAUUUGCUCUGUCCACGAGUACUGCAUGUCUUUGAUAGCCCGUCGCCAACACAGCUACUCCAACUCAGAGCUAGAUUUUGCGAUUCGUAGGGUUCCGACUCGCCAUGGCUCCUAGACCCGCCGCCCGUCGUGAGCGCGAUAAUGUCGAUUAUUCCGCAGUUGGCAAACAGGGAAGACGAACUGGUGUCACGCUGGAACCACGUCCUCUCGACAAGGAUGGAAUGGAGGAGAUCACCGGCAUCUUCUCUUCUCCUAGAAAACCCUCCCCACUCAAAGCCGUCAUGAUUCUCGAAAGCGUCGAAGAAGCAGGCUUGAUUAUCACACCAAAGCAACAGCCAUCGGCCAGAAGCUCAACACGCCACGGCUCUGUCCCCCCGCCACGGUCAUCGUCCCCUCGUAAGAGUGGGAUAAGUGGCACCGCACGCAAAAGCAAUGGCGCCAACGUUUUUUCGACGAGAAAGAGCCUACAGCCUCACGACCCAGAAGACCGCGAGAACGAGCCGCAUCACACAACCCCAAUCCGCAAUGCGCAGCUACACCGUUUUAGUCAGAGCCCGGAAAUAUCACCAUUACGCGACAUCACAUCUUCCAGGAGCCGUAAUGCGCUUACUCCAAGUAUACCUACGCCAGAAAUUGAACACAUCUUCCACGAAGAUGUUGCAGGUUCUACCGCAGAUGAAGCUGAAGACAACGUGGAAGCUAGUAUAGAAGAAGUCGAGCCUGUUCUUGCAGAUGCGAGUUAUGUCCCGCUGGGAAACGACGAUGACGAUGACGCUGCCGCCGCCGCCGCCGCUGUUGGAACGCCAGAUGUUCAUGGAACCCCCAAGCUAAUAUCCACGCAAAGACCGGAGUCCGAGGAACUUGAAACACCGUCGAAAGUGUACAGCAACACGCCUCGAUCCCCCAUACAGGAGUCAGAACCACAGGCUUUCUCACUCGCCCGGAAUGAAGCCAACUCUAGGAGAAAAAGGACUUCCGAUGUCUUUGAGCAAGAUAAUGAGGUCGCGGCCCCCUCAAACUCAACCUCAACCUCAAAGAAAGCCCGGAAUACGGCCAGACCCCCAGAAAAAACUCGGACCGCCACGGUGCAGUCAAAGAAGGCCCCCUCAGCAAAAGCCAAGGGGAAGCAGCCACUACGGGAAAAUGACGCCAAUAUGAAAAUGUCUACAAGACAAGAAAAAGAACUUGACGAUUACGUGGAGAAAAUCAGAGCGAGACCAGGCCCGCCACGGUCACUGUAUAUCCUGCGACGCGAAACACCUGCGGACGAUACAGUGACACACACGAGAAGUGGGCGACUUAGCGUCAAGCCUCUGGCCUACUGGCGAAAUGAGAGGUGUAUCUAUGGUGGGAGCCCUGGCGGAGGCGCACUGAAGGAUGGUGCUCGCUUUCCACUCAACAGCAUCAAAGAGAUUGUACGGACGGAGGAAUUGCCCCAGCAAUCGAAAGCAAAGAAAAAAUCAACAAAAGCAAAUAGCAAGCGUGGGAAAGCGCCUAGCAAAGAUGGCGAUUCUAGUUCGGAAUCCGAGCUUGAAGAAGGUCCCCAGGAAGACCCUUACGCCGAGGCGUGGGAGAUGGAAACUGGGACCUUUCAUGGAAAUGUUUCUUUGUGGGACCAGCCGGCACAAACAGCAGCAGAGGAAGAGGAAACCAUUGAGCUCGCACAUGCCCCGGCCGCCAUUCAGACUCGAGAAGUUAAGGGCUCCUCGCGACAUGAAGGCCCCACAUUCAGGUAUGCCAAACUAUUGAGCACCAAGUUUUUCGGCACCGGUAUUGUCGAUCUUGCGCCGGGAGGCUAUAAGCGACCCAAGAACAGUCGGAAGAUGCAUAUGAGCUUUUUCGUCGUCAAAGGUCGCGUCACGGUCACGGUGGGACCCGUUGGCAGCGAAGAGCAAGGUACCAUCAACCGUUUCAGUAUCGGUAAAGGAGGAUUCUGGCAAGUUCCCAGAGGCAACCAAUACUCGAUUGAGAACGAACUAGACAAGUCAGCACGAAUCUUCUUUAGCCAAGGCUGUGAGCCUACGCCUGUCAUGGGAGAGGACGACUAAAGGUCAGCGUUGAUGUCUGUAUCAUUCUGGUGACCCCCACAGAUGAGCCGGCACGCAUAGGAUUUGUCUUCUUACGAAGUCUAAUGACACUUUGGUGAACAGCACAUUUGUGUAGAUAGAGCAUGGCAUUCUCAAGAAGAGGCUGACUCGUUAGACUAGAGGUACUGAUCUAUGAACCCGUCCGUACCCCGUAAACCUGAGCGAGAGUCCCUGAUCUGAGCGAGGUGGUCUGACUCCUGCUUCUCGGCCCGACGAUGAAGCUUCAGGCUCUAAGCAGGUAGUGCG